AGGGGUUUGAGUCCCCCUGGUGGACUGGAGGUCCAUAUUACCGGAAAUGCAAUUCCCCUCCCUGUCGGUACGCGGAAUGUGGCGCGAGACACCCCGGCAAAUCCUGUGUACACACAAACAAAUUCAAGAAAAAAAUCAUUAAGUAGUGACUUUGGCGGUUCACUAUCUUAAUUUCUCCAGUGUUCGGGGUUUGAUACUCCAGGAUCACGUGAAAUAGCAGUUAUCAAGACGAACAUGCCUCGUAGACGACAGAGACCUAUGACCGGCAGCGGCUCAGAUGGAACCGAAGACUCUGACUCUUCUGCCGAAAGAGAGCAGACCAACAGCUCAGAGAGUGAUGGGAACAUGUCCAAGAGACAGCGUCUGACCAGAGCUUCUACUCGCCUUAGCCAGAGCUCUCAGGAUACACCAGACUUGAAGCGAGCUGCGGACCAUGAUGAGUCUCCACCACUGACACCCACAGGAAAUGCACCUUCCUCUGAAUCUGAGCUGGACAUAUCCAGCCCCAAUGCCUCUCACGACGAGAGCCAAGCUAAAGACCAGGCCAGCAGAGACUCGGACAAAGACCUGUCCCACAGACCCAAACGCCGCCGAUGUCACGAAACCUAUAAUUUCAACAUGAAAUGCCCAACCCCUGGAUGUAAUUCUCUCGGUCAUCUCACAGGAAAACACGAGCGCCACUUUGCUGUAUCAGGGUGCCCUCUUUACCACAAUCUUUCUGCAGAUGAGUGCAAGGUGAAAGCCAUCAGCCGUGAGAAGCAGGAAGAGGAGGUGAAGGCUCAGGAAGAGAGCAGUGCGCGGCACGCCACUCGUCACCAGACGCCGACGCCAAAACAGAGCAGAUACAAGGAGCAGGUGGUGGAGAUGAGGAAGGGUCGGAAUUCUGGGCUGCAGAAGGAGCAGAAAGAAAAGCACAUGGAGCAUCGGCAGACGCAUGGCAACACCAGAGAGCCUCUGCUGGAGAACAUCACCAGCGACUAUGACCUGGAGUUGUUCAGGAAGGCUCAGGCCCGUGCGUCCGAAGACCUGGAGAAGCUGCGUAUCCAGGGUCAGAUCACCGAAGGCAGUAACAUGAUCAAGACCAUCGUGUUCGGCCGCUACGAGCUGGACACCUGGUACCACUCGCCCUAUCCCGAGGAGUACGCACGGCUGGGUCGUCUGUACGUGUGCGAGUUCUGCCUAAAGUACAUGAAGAGCCAAACCAUCCUCAGGCGGCACAUGGCAAAGUGUGUGUGGAAGCAUCCCCCAGGAGACGAGGUGUACAGAAAGGGCUCUAUAUCUGUGUUUGAAGUAGAUGGCAAAAAGAAUAAGAUCUAUUGCCAGAAUUUGUGUUUACUUGCCAAGCUUUUCCUGGACCACAAAACGCUUUACUACGACGUGGAGCCUUUUCUCUUCUACGUCAUGACCGAAGCCGACAACACAGGAUGUCAUUUAGUGGGAUAUUUUUCCAAGGAGAAAAAUUCCUUCCUGAACUACAAUGUUUCCUGUAUCCUGACAAUGCCACAGUACAUGCGACAGGGCUUUGGCAAGAUGCUCAUUGACUUCAGUUACCUGCUGUCCAAAGUGGAGGAAAAGGUGGGCUCACCAGAAAGACCCCUGUCCGAUCUGGGCCUCAUCAGCUACCGAAGCUACUGGAAGGAAGUGUUACUCAGAUACAUGCACAACUUUCAAGGCAAAGAGAUUUCCAUCAAAGAGAUCAGUCAGGAAACUGCGGUCAAUCCGGUGGACAUUGUGAGCACCCUGCAGUCCCUUCAGAUGCUGAAAUAUUGGAAGGGAAAGCACUUAGUACUUAAGCGACAGGACCUGAUUGAUGAGUGGAAAGCGAAGGAGAUCAAACGGGGUAAUAGCAACAAAACGAUAGACCCCAGCUCACUAAAAUGGACCCCUCCCAAAGGGACAUAAGCACUAAAGAUCCUCAGGCUACUGAAAAAAGAAAAAAAAACAUCACCUCCAGCCUAACAAGCCACAAGUAGCCUAGACUUCUGACCUGUCAGUAAAUAUCAGUGUUCUCUAUUUUUUUAUUUUUUUGCAUUUUUAUCCAGUUCAUUUCUGCAUACCUUUGUCACAACACUUUUUAAGGAAAAAUGUACUAACUUUUAUAUUUUACUUUCAUUCGUAUUUCUCGGCAUUGUGCUUUUAAAGUGGAGUGAUCUUCUGAACACUUAAAGGCAAAGAUUCAGUUAAGUUUUCAAGCCGCCUUCUUGUGCUGGGCUCUGAAUGUGUGACGGCUAAAAACGGGGCGGGGGGGGGGGGGUUUGCUUUGCAGUUGCAUUAAAUGCACGCCUACAUUGGGCAGCAUUUACAGGUCAUUUUUAUUUCCUCUAGCGAUGUGCUUUAUGAAGGUGGUAGUUGUUCCUGUUUGGGAUAAACACAAUUGUUGGCAUGAGCUGUAACUGACCAGGGUACAUACAUAUAUAUUUUUUAGGAGAAAAAAAAUAUUUGUGGUAAUGUCUUCUUUGGUUGAUGUAAAGUUGUAUAGAUGAUCUGUCUUUUUUUGUUUUUUUGUAGGUCCAUUAGUACAGCAUUUGUACCCAUUCCUCUGGUGAACCUGCCAAAUAAUUGAAAAAUAAGCUCAGAUAUUUUUAAUUUGCUUAGACUAGAAAAUGAAAUGACAAUACCACUGUAAGGGUGCACAAAGAAGUAACCCAGCCUCAGGUUUUUGUACUGAUACAAUCAUACCCUGCUUGUAUGGUUUCUCGGAAACAUGGAUCUCAGUGGUUGUUGCAGAUGACAUCGCACUGCUUAAAGACUCUGUAAUAAACAGAAAAACAUUUCAGUGGGACAGUCUUUGCCUUCUUUGAUUUAAAAAAACAAAACACCUGUUAUAUGUGCUUUAGCGAUUUGAUAUUUUGAUAUCAAUAAAGCCGGCUUGAUAUUUUCAAAACAUUUGUCUGGGUUUUGUGGCUCACCCCCGCUGGAAGUGCUCCUUCCCAUCAAGCCCACAAACACUCCUCCUUUAUUUCCUACACACACAAGCACACGUGAGGAUGUAAGUUA